AUGCGGCUGCCGGGACUCUGCCUGGUUCUCUUCUGUGCCGUAGCCGGCACCGGCUCCUCGGGGCGGGACCGGGAGCUGCCGCCGGGCGCGGGAACAGCUGCGGGGAGGGCAGCGGGGGUGGGACGCGGGGAGCCGGGGGGGACACGCGACCCCCGGGCCGGCGGUGUGGACCCCCGCCAGGCUUGGAUGCUGUUGGCCGGGAGCGCAGGGAGAACCGACGGCAACCGCGGACGGGGCAGGACUGGGAUGACAGCACCAGCCCCCGGCCAAUCAUCAGGAAACUCACCCGAGAUUGCUUCGCAAAUCGGUGUGCCCGGGGCCCCCGCCGCGCUGGAAGAGCUGCUGAGGGAGCUGCAGCUCCUGCUGAAAGGCAUGGUGAAGGAGCAGGUGAAGAUGUGCAGGAAGGCCUGGGAAGGGUACCGGGAAAAGGAGGAGAGCAGGGGAGGCAACAAACAGGCCGGGUCCCAUCGCCGUGUGGAAGCAGCCUUCCGCUGCCAGACACGGGAAGACAUCUCGGUGGAGAAGAGAGUGCCACAAGAGCUGCAGCUCUACUCCAUCCCGGAGAGGGAGGUGAUCUUCCACCGGGGCUCCGGGCUGAACCUGACCAGUGGGAAGUACACGGCCCCGGUGUCUGGGUAUUACACCUUCACGGCCAAGCUGCACAUCGUGUGCAGAGCACCGCGGAGGAAGGGGCGGGGGAAUCGCCUUCGGGUGCUGAUCUGCGUGCAGAGCCGCUGCCGGCACAACAGCAAUUUGGAGACAGUGUCCAGGCUGGAGAGUGGUGGUGACCUUUUCACCAUCUCUGUCACUGGAGUCCUUUACCUGCAGGCUGGGCAGUAUGCCUCUGUUUUCGUGGACAACACCGCAGGCUCUCCCCUCACCGUUCAAAGGGGCUCCGAUUUCAGCGCCGUUCUGCUGGGGGUGUGAAAAGGCACCGGGCACCGUGCAGGGAGCUGAGCCUGGACCAGAAGCAGCCAGACCCUGCUCCCUGCCAGCCACCAGACCUCCCCUGCUCGGCACCAAGCGUAGGGAACAUCUUUUGCUGCUGCAGGAGCUGCAGGCAGUUCUGAUACUGCUCAUGCUCCAGGACCAUCUGAAGCUAUGCAAAAGAUCAGGGGGAAAGGGUAAUGAUAAUA